GACCGACCGAAUGAAUGGAGCCCAUUAAAGCCAGCUGCAGUCGCAGACGGAGCCAGGCCCCAAUCGGAGCACUGGAAGAAAAGUGCCUUAUGCAGAUGUGGGCGCCGAUUUCUCAUUGAGAGCGUGGAAAUCCAGACAUUCCGAAUUCAGAAUCAGUCCCCGAACAGCUCUCCCUGGCUCUCUGCACACACGUUCGAGUUGGAUCCAAUCUGUCGACUCCACCACCACCAACCCCACCAUUGCCUCCACCCCCGUUCGGGUGAGUAAUGCACGCCGCCACUUCGAUUCGAGCUGAUCAUGUGCAAUUCCGAUCGAAACGAUCUUCGGUCGAGCGGUUAUCAGUUGGCCGAGUCUGUUGGGGGCCAUUGCGUCAUCCGCACUGUGUUUGUGUACAGUGAUCGUGACCGAGGCCGUAAUGAGAUCCGUACACAAAGUGCGCAGCCUCCGGAAAGCACUUUCACUCUCCCUUUCGUUGCCGGAACCAAUCCGCGGCUCAUCACUUGCCAUUAGCCGAGAUGUCGCGCCGGAUGGUCUUCCUGCAGUUGCUGCUGUGGGCAGUAGUUGAGGGUCACUACUACUACGACUACGGCUACUGGGAGAUCAACGAGCCUCCACCGCUUUGCUCCGACUACGAAAUGCUGGUAAUCAAUACCCACCAGUGCGUGAGGCGCUGUAACAUCGUCUGCCGGAAUGGAGUGUGCUUCGAGGACGGACCCUGUCCCUGUGCCGACCAGUAUCUGGCGGGUAAUCCGGAUGGGUUGGUGUGUGCCGCAGAGUGCCUCCCCGGGUGCGUGGCGGCAGGUGGCUACUGCGCCGCACCAGACCUCUGUGUGUGCCGUAAGGACAGGCACUACUACUUUGAUCCCCUCUCCCAAAAGUGCCGCCACAGGGCUGCCCGUCUGCUGGACCCCUGCCUUGGACGCUGCACACAUGGCACCUGCUCCUCCGACGGAAGGUGCAUCUGUGCCCAGGGAUACGAGCUAAGGGACAGCCUACUUCACGGACAGCAAUGCAUGCCAAUCUGUGAUCACAACUGCGGACCACGAGCCUACUGCUUCGCUCCCAACUUGUGUGCCUGCCGGCACAAACAGCACCAUUUUGCUCACAACGGCAUCUGCUCCAGGGACUAUUGACCUAGAGAGGAGGUUUGACAGCAAUGGGGCUGUUUUAAGUCCCGCUGAUGACGUCUGGAUUUUAAUAUAUUUAUUGAUUAGGUUUAUUAUUAUUAAGGAAUUAAACUACAAAACUA